GACUGCAGCUUUCAUUCGAAGCUGUUGUGUACUCGUGUAUACACCUGGUUUAUAAGUUGUGAGUUGCAGGUGCUCGUGUGAUUCACGUUUUUGCCCCUCCCUAAACCUAACAGAACAAUUUUUUCGCAUCAUGGAUAACACAGCUGCUGUAACAGUUAAGGACUACAAGAAAGUUGGCCUCGAUCUGAAAUCCCAAUUGGAAAGUUUCAAACCAGAAAACUUGUCAAAAGCCGAUACUCAAGAAAAAAUAAUACUUCCAACUGCAGAAGAUGUCCAGACGGAAAAAACUCAGCAGAGCCUUUUCGCCGGUAUUGAAUCAUUCGAUGCUUCCAAAUUGAAACACGCAGAAACGUGUGAAAAGAACUGCUUGCCCGAUAAAGAAGUAAUACUACAGGAAAAAGGGCAGAAGGAUUUGAUUUCACGCAUUGAAUCGUUCGACACAUCGAAGUUAAAACAUACAGAAACCUGCGAGAAAAAUCCGUUACCAACAAAAGAAAUCAUUGAAGAGGAGAAAAAGGCUUAAAUUUAUUGGUGAAAGUAAUAAAACUGUUGAACUUUGGCAGUCAACUGUAACGCACAUUGGUGGCAAUGUGUAUGUAUACGGGAAACCGAAUGAAUAUUGAACUCUAUACUAUCAUAAGACGUACACUCAUCCAACACUAAGACCGUGAGUUUUUUGCGAUUCUGUUUUGUCGGAGCAUUUUGGAAAAAUUUACAUUAAAUAAAAGUACUAUUUAACAACCAUGUUUCAUCGCAUCAGUAACAAUGAACGUAUUAUUAUUAUAUAUUGUUUUAAACAACGCAAUUUAUCCAAUCGAAUUCAAUAAAUAUCCAUAAUGUAUGAAAUAUA